AUCACACACACAGUCAAAACGAAUAGAGUAUACGUAAUAUAAAAAAUCAUUUUUAUUUAAAUAAGUGACCGCCUCAGUCUAAAACCCCGACCCCUCUCGUUUUCCAAUUAUAAGCCCUAAUUUCCCACUUCACAAUCUAGGGUUUCACCAGCAUGUAUCUCUACAAUCUCACCCUGCAACAAGCCACCGGCAUCGUCUGCGCCAUCAACGGCAGCUUCUCCGGCGGCAACAAAUCCCAAGAAAUCGUCGUCGCACGCGGCAAAGUCCUCGAGCUCCUCCGCCCCGACGAAAACGGUAAGAUCCAAACCAUACUCUCCGUUGAUGUUUUCGGUGCCAUUAGAUCUCUAGCUCACUUUAGGUUAACCGGUGCUCAAAAGGACUAUAUCGUUGUCGGUUCCGAUUCCGGCCGUAUUGUUAUUCUAGACUACAAUAAGGAGAAGAAUGUGUUUGAUAAAAUUCACCAGGAGACGUUCGGUAAGUCCGGUAGCCGGAGGAUAGUUCCCGGUCAGUAUUUAGCUAUCGAUCCAAAAGGUCGUGCGGUUAUGAUUGGUGCCUGUGAGAAACAGAAGUUGGUUUAUGUGUUGAAUAGGGAUACGGCUGCUAGGUUAACGAUUUCGUCGCCGUUAGAGGCGCAUAAGUCGCAUACAAUAACGUACUCGAUUGCUGGGGUGGACUGUGGGUUUGAUAAUCCGAUAUUUGCGGCGAUUGAGUUGGAUUAUUCGGAGGCGGAUCAGGAUUCGACUGGGCAGGCUGCGAAUGAGGCGCAGAAGGUGUUGACGUUUUAUGAGUUGGAUUUGGGGUUGAAUCAUGUGUCGAGGAAGUGGUCGGAGCAGGUGGAUAAUGGGGCGAAUAUGUUGGUGACGGUUCCUGGUGGUGGGGAUGGACCGAGUGGGGUGCUUGUUUGUGCGGAGAAUUUUGUUAUUUAUAAGAAUCAGGGGCAUCCGGAUGUUCGUGCUGUGAUUCCUAGACGAGCGGAUUUGCCGGCUGAACGUGGGGUGCUUAUUGUUUCGGCGACUAUGCAUAAGCAGAAAUCUAUGUUUUUCUUUCUUCUGCAGACUGAAUAUGGGGAUGUGUUCAAAGUUACACUUGAUCAUGAUAACGAGCGUGUUACGGAGCUGAAAAUUAAGUAUUUUGAUACCAUACCAGUGACAUCUGCCAUGUGUGUCAUGAAAUUAGGUUUUCUGUUUGCUGCUUCUGAGUUUGGGAAUCAUGCGUUGUAUCAGUUUCAAGCUAUAGGUGCUGAUCCUGAUGUAGAGUCAUCAUCAGCUACGUUAAUGGAAACCGAUGAAGGAUUCCAGCCGGUAUUUUUUAAGCCUAGAGGGUUGAAAAAUCUUGUUAGAAUUGACCAAGUGGAGAGCCUGAUGCCCAUUAUGGAUAUGAAAGUUGUAAAUCUUUUCGAAGAAGAAACCCCUCAAAUAUUCACACUUUGUGGCCGAGGCCCUCGUUCUUCUCUUAGAAUUUUACGACCCGGACUUGCCAUCAGUGAAAUGGCUGUUUCACAGCUUCCUGGGGUUCCCAGUGCGGUUUGGACAGUUAAAAAGAACGUUAACGAUGAGUUCGAUGCUUUUAUCGUCGUUUCUUUUGCGAAUGCGACUCUUGUUCUCUCUAUUGGAGAAACUGUAGAAGAAGUUAGCGACAGUGGAUUUCUCGACACCACACCUUCACUUGCUGUUUCAUUAAUAGGUGAUGAUUCGUUAAUGCAAGUACAUCCUAGUGGUAUUAGACACAUCAGGGAAGACGGGCGUGUUAACGAGUGGAGAACUCCCGGAAAACGAACUAUCGUGAAGGUCGGAUAUAAUCGACUUCAGGUGGUGGUUGCGUUGAGUGGAGGGGAGAUUAUAUACUUCGAGGUGGAUAUGACCGGACAGUUGAUGGAAGUUGAGAAGAACGAAAUGUCUGGUGACGUGGCGUGUUUGGAUAUCGCUCCGAUACCCGAAGGAAGGCAGAGAUCUCGUUUUCUAGCUGUGGGAUCGUACGAUAAUACCAUCCGGAUAUUGUCCUUAGAUCCCGAGGACUGUAUGCAGGUUCUUAGCCUGCAAAGUGUUUCUUCACCUCCUGAGUCACUUCUGUUUCUCGAGGUUCAGGCUUCUUCAGGUGGUGAAGAUGGUGCGGACCAUCCGGCUAGCCUGUUUCUGAACGCGGGUCUUCAAAGUGGGGUUCUGUUUAGGACCGUUGUGGACAUGGUCACGGGCCAGCUUUCGGAUGCACGGUCUCGGUUUCUCGGACUCCGUGCUCCUAAACUGUUCUCGAUUCUGGUGAGAGGAAGACGAGCUAUGCUUUGCUUGUCGAGUAGACCGUGGUUAGGUUACGUUCACCAGGGUCAUUUUCUUUUGACGCCGCUUUCAUACGAAACACUCGAAUACGCAGCCUCGUUUUCAUCUGAUCAGUGUGCUGAAGGUGUGGUAGCGGUUGCUGGGGAUGCGUUAAGAGUUUUCACAAUCGAAAGAUUAGGCGAGACAUUUAAUGAAACUGCUAUACCGUUGAGGUAUACUCCAAGAAAGUUUGUGUUCCAUCCGAAAAAGAAACUUCUGGUAACGAUCGAGAGUGAUCAGGGUGCUUUUCCUGCUGAAUUACGUGAAAGUGCUAAAAAGGAAUGUUUUGAGGCUGCGGGUCAGGGAGAAAACGGGAAAAUGGAAAUAGAAAAUGGCGGUGAUGAUGAAGACAAAGAUGACCCGUUAUCUGAUGAACAAUACGGGUAUCCGAAAGCUGAAUCGGAUAAGUGGGUUUCUUGUAUUCGGGUUCUUGACCCUAAGUCAACCGAGACAACAUGUCUUCUAGAGCUUCAAGACAACGAGGCUGCGUUCAGUAUAUGCACUGUGAAUUUCCACGAUAAAGAGUACGGUACCCUUUUAGCUGUGGGUACAGCAAAGGGUCUUCAGUUUUGGCCCAAAAGAUCUUUGACAGCUGGAUAUAUUCAUAUUUACCGGUUCGUAAAAGAUGGAAAAUCGCUUGAACUUCUGCACAAAACCCAAGUUGACGGUGUUCCGCUUGCGUUAUGCCAGUUUCAGGGACGACUGCUUGCUGGAAUCGGGUCAAUUCUUCGGCUUUAUGAUUUGGGUAAAAGACGACUGCUUAGAAAGUGUGAGAAUAAGCUGUUCCCGAAUACAAUCAACUCCAUUCAUACGUACCGUGAUCGAAUUUAUGUCGGAGACAUUCAAGAGUCGUUUCACUACUGCAAGUACAGACGCGAUGAAAACCAGCUAUACGUAUUUGCUGACGACUCUGUUCCAAGAUGGCUGACAUCAGCAUACCACGUAGACUUCGACACAAUGGCAGGUGCCGACAAGUUCGGAAACAUUUACUUUGUGCGGCUGCCACAGGACGUAUCGGAUGAAAUCGAAGAUGAUCCAACUGGCGGGAAGAUUAAGUGGGAGCAGGGGAAGCUUAACGGAGCACCAAACAAGGUUGAAGAGAUUGUGCAAUUUCACGUUGGUGAUGUGGUGACGUGUAUGCAGAAAGCGUCUUUAAUUCCAGGUGGUACCGAGUGUGUGAUGUAUGGAACGGUGAUGGGCAGUUUAGGGGCGUUGUUGGCGUUUACGUCACGUGAUGACGUGGACUUCUUUUCUCACUUGGAGAUGCACAUGCGACAGGAACAUCCACCUUUGUGUGGAAGAGACCACAUGGCGUAUAGAUCCGCUUAUUUUCCUGUUAAGGAUGUGAUUGACGGGGAUCUUUGUGAACAAUACCCGACAUUGCCGCUAGACAUACAGCGGAAAAUUGCAGAUGAAUUGGAUAGAACUCCAGCAGAAAUUCUUAAGAAACUGGAAGAAGUUAGAAACAAAAUUGUUUAAGAUGAAAAGGUGAUGCAAAGGCUAGAUGGGUGCGAGCGAAAGCAUAUCAACUAUUAAAAGGGAAAAGCCGACGCAUGGUUAACUGCCGGAAACUAGAAAGUCUUUUGAGAUUAUAGAGGUUAAAUUUUACGAGACAUUCGAUUAUCCUUUAGAUGUUUUUUUGUUGUAAGUAUGCAGAUUUUAAUGGAAUUGUUUGUGAAUUCUGUUGACUUUAGAAUGUCGUCAGAGCCGACUAUAUUCUCUAGCUUUCUGUUUUUGAUUUGGUAGUAGUUUACUUGUUAUGAGCCAAGGCUUUUGUUUUUAAAAAAUCUGGUUUGGGAUUCAAGUCGAUA